CAAGAAAUGCUGCGCCUGUCGCAUCUAUAACAACAACUGACACGCAUCGCUUCACUCGUGACAGUGCAAACCCAAGAAAUGUCGCCAGGAAUGUAAGAAGUCUUGCCCCGUCGUCCGUACGGGCAAGCUCUGUAUCGAAGUCACCCCCGAGUCCAAGAUCGCCUUCAUCUCCGAGCGCCUCUGUAUCGGUUGCGGUAUCUGUCCCAAGAAAUGUCCCUUCGGUGCUAUUCAUAUUAUCAACCUGCCCACGAACUUGGAGACCGAGGUCACCCACCGUUACUCUGCCAACAGCUUCAAGCUUCACCGUCUUCCCAUGCCCCGUCCCGGUCAGGUCCUUGGUCUCGUCGGUACCAACGGUAUUGGAAAGAGUACGGCCUUGAAGAUUCUCAGCGGAAAAUUGAAGCCCAACCUCGGUCGUUACGACAACCCUCCCGACUGGGAAGAGAUCCUCAAGUAUUUCCGUGGUUCUGAGCUCCAGAACUACUUCACCAAGGUCCUGGAAGACAACCUGAAGGCUGUUGUUAAGCCUCAGUAUGUUGACCAGAUCCCCAGAGCCGUCAAGGGUCCCGUCCAAAACGUUGGUGCUCUCAUUCAGGCCCGUUCUCAACUGGAUAACCUGGAUCACAUUCUGGAUACUCUAGAACUGAGACAGGUUCGUGACCGUGACAUUGGCCAUCUGUCCGGUGGAGAGCUUCAGCGUUUCGCCAUUGGUCUGGUCUGUGUCCAGAAGGCUGAUGUGUAAGGAUUACCUGGGUAUUCAGACUACAACGAGCGCUGACAUCUCUGUAGCUACAUGUUUGACGAGCCUUCGUCCUACCUCGAUGUCAAGCAGCGUCUGGCCGCUGCCCGCACCAUCAGAGAGCUUCUCCG